AUGACAUCCCCGACGAGCCAACGCCGUCCCCGUGGCUCCAGCGAGGACCACGGCGCCGGUGUUUUCGACGAUGCCAAAACCUACUACACCUCGGAAGAGCGCCACGUCAACCGCGCUGGCCCUCGAACCCGGACCUACUCGCAGAACAGCUUAUUCCAGCAGUUUGAGCGCAUGGGGCUUCGCGAACCCUUCCGUCGAGGCAGUCACGGUCAGUUCGGCCCCCCGAACAUGAAUGACGAAUCCACGAUCCCUCACAACCGAAAGUUCCUCAUCCAGGUAGACGAGACGCUCAAGAGCUUGCAGGCCCAGGAGGAUACCGACGGGAACAUGCAGAUUACCAUUGAGGACAAUGGCCCCAAGGUGUGGUCUUUGAGGACCGCCGCGUCCGCGGGCCACAACCGUUUCGACGUCCGAGGCACCUACAUGCUCUCCAACCUGUUGCAGGAGCUCUCGCUGGCCAAGGAAUACGGCCGCAAGCAGAUCAUCCUUGACGAGGGUCGGUUGAACGAGAACCCCGUCAACCGAUUGUCGAGACUUAUUCGUGACCACUUCUGGGAAGGAUUGACGAGAAGAAUCGAUGCCUCGUCCGUCGAGAUUGCGGCCAAGGACCCCAAGGACUGGACCGACGAUCCUCGCCCUCGCAUUUACGUUCCGGCCGGGGCCCCCGAGCAGCUAGAGUUCUACACCAAGGUUGCCAAGGACAGGCCGGAGAUUCGCUUGGACGUCCAGAAGCUCCCCGAGGUUAUCACUCCCGAGCUGGUUCGCGACAUGAAUGCCAAGCCGGGCCUCCUCGCCGUCGAGAUGGAGAAGAUCAAGGACCCCAAGACGGGCGAGGAAACACUGAGGGGCCUCCCCUUUGUCGUGCCCGGGGGCCGUUUCAACGAAUUGUACGGCUGGGACAGCUACAUGGAGUCUCUGGGACUACUUGUUAAUGACAAGGUCCAUCUCGCCAAGUCCAUGGUGCAGAACUUCUGCUUCUGCAUUCGACACUAUGGCAAGAUCCUGAACGCUACCCGCUCCUAUUAUCUGUGCCGUUCUCAGCCGCCGUUCCUCACGGACAUGGCCCUCCGCGUCUACGAAAAGAUCAAGCAUGAGCCUGACGCCAAGGAGUUCCUCCGAACAUCCAUGCUCGCUGCCAUCAAGGAGUACCACAGCGUCUGGGUCGCCGAACCUCGCCUGGACCCUGUGACGGGCCUCUCGAGAUACCGGCCGGAAGGGCUGGGAGUCCCACCCGAAACCGAGGCGGGCCACUUUGUCCACGUUCUCGAGCCCUACGCAGAGAAGCAUGGCAUAAGCUGGCAGGAGUUUGUGCAGGCCUACAACAGUGGUAAGAUCAAGGAGCCCGAGUUGGAUGAGUACUUUUUGCACGACCGAGCCGUGCGCGAGUCAGGCCACGACACAUCAUACCGGCUCGAAAAGGUCUGCGCCAAUCUGGCCACCAUCGACCUGAACUCGCUCCUGUUCAAGUACGAGACAGACAUUGCGCGCACGAUCCGCAACGUGUUCAACGACAAGCUGGUGAUCCCGGCCGAGUUUGCUGUCGGACCGCUCAAGGCCGGCGAGGUGGUGACGUCUGCCAUCUGGGACCGCCGGGCAAAGCGCAGAAAGCUGGCCAUUGACAAGUACCUCUGGAACGAGGAAGAGGGCAUGUACUUCGACUACAACACGGUCGAGAAGGAGCAGUGUACGUACGAAAGCUGCACAACCUUUUGGGCCUUGUGGGCGGGUGUGGCGUCGCCCAAGCAAGCAGCGACGAUGGUGCAAAAGGCCCUGCCCAAGUUCGAGGCCGUCGGCGGUCUCUUGUCGGGCACAGAAGAAUCUCGCGGCGUGGUGGGUCUGGAGAGGCCCAACCGUCAAUGGGACUACCCUUACGGCUGGGCGCCGCAGCAGAUGCUCGCGUGGACGGGACUGGUACGGUACAGCUUCACCGACGAGGCCGAGCGUCUGGCGUACAAAUGGCUGUUCAUGAUCACCAAGGCGUUUGUCGACUUCAACGGGGUAGUGGUGGAGAAGUACGACGUGACGCGCCCGAUUGACCCCCACAGAGUCGAUGCCGAGUACGGCAAUCAGGGCCUCGACUUCAAGGGCGUGGCCAAGGAAGGAUUCGGAUGGGUGAAUGCCAGCUACGUCUACGGCCUGCAAAUCGUCAACGCGCACAUGCGGCGUGCUCUGGGUACACUCACGCCGUACAAUACCUUCCACGAUGCGAUCGAGCAGAACAACGAGAAGCAUCUGGCCGAGCUUUCCUGA